AUGCUGCUCGACGAGGAUCCCGCUUCUCUCAUCCACCACACAAUCAACAAUUUCAACAUUGCUCCAGAUAAGCUUGCCGUUUCGCGUAUCGGCGACUCGCUUUCUACCUUGAAGCAAGCACGAGAGCUACGGAUUAGAGAAGCUGAAUCAUCCUUAAAAAAGCUUGGCCGUUCCCUUAACACCCUUCACACACAACAUGAAGAGCUUACAUCAGCGCACUCGUCGUCCGCUCAUUCAUCCGAGAUUUCGCGCCUCGACACGCAGAAGUUCCGUAUCGCCAAAGCAGUGUCCGACUUAGAGAUGGAAGCAGAACGUCUGUCUUCACAACAGGCCGAUCUAGCCGCGCGAUUGCAGGAACUAGAACUGCAAGGCCUGGAAGGAUCACCAGAUGACGCAGCAAACCGAAGAGAUCCUGUCGAUGAUGAGGUGUUGUUGCGCCUAAAGGUGUAUCGGAGCCUAGGCAUCGACCUAGAAAGAGAUGAGAAGGACGGGGAGUUCUCGAGAGCCAUUGUGCGUAACGAUCGCAAGGGCGAUGUCCAUGUUAUAAACAUGGACAAGAAGUUCUCACGUUACUUCUAUGCCAACUACUUCUGGCAGACACUCUAA